UGUUUGUGUUGGUCGCCAUGUUAGAAACAAGGCCCGAAAACAAUAUGAUGUGAGGGAGAUCAGGGCCGUUGUUGGAAAGCCUUAGAGCAUUCUCAUUGGCAACGUUUCUGACCAGAUCGUGGAGUUACAGGCAAGGAGCAUUACCUUGUGGCAGUUUUCGUGGCGUUGGAUGGACCAGCGAACCCGCCCACCAACCUUUUAUGUUUGCAAAUUUAGAAGGAACAUUUGACCAGAAGAAAACUUCAGUGCAGUGAUACCUAUGUUCUGAUAGUUGAACCUGUAGUUAACAUUUUUAAAAUCACUUCAACCAUUUAGUAAAACUGGAAACAGCUCGACCAAAACUGCAGAAAAGAAAUUGCUUGAAUAAACCAGAUGUGGGCUUGGCAAUGCCGCAGCCCAAUGUUACUGGAAUGGAUCCUCCAUUUGGGGAUGCCUUUUGCAACCGCCCAUUUCCAGACCAGGUCUUAACCAGUACUGAUUUGUUGGGGAAUAAUUCAGAUCCUGAUUUCAUGUAUGAACUGGACAGAGAGAUGACUUACAGCUCGAGAGAUGAUCCUGUUACCUUGGGAGAUUGUAAAGACCUUGAACUUUUAGAACCAUUAAAUGAGUUACUCGAUUCGGAUCCUUCGUAUACUUCAAACUGGGAGCAGUGGGACACAUGCUGGGAAGACUUGACAAAAUACACCAAGUUAACUAGCUAUGACAUUUGGGGAACAAAGGAAGUGGAUUUCCUUGGGCUUGAUGACUUUUCCAGUCCUUACCAAAAUGAAGAGGUCAUAAGCAGGACCCCAACUUUGGCCCAGCUAAACUGUGAAGAUUCACAGCCUGUUUUGGAUUCGUUAUAUCAUCCCGAUCUACUCAAGAGUUUAAAUCAAAAUUCAUUAACCUCUUCUCUGGCUGGUAAAAAACUUCCAGCAAACAGGGCAAUGCCACUGGUGUCAUCUGCCAGAAGUCCUUGUAUAGAUGCUUGCAUGCCAGAGACUACCCAAAAGCUAGCCAAAUCUGUUUCUUCCAGUGCAACUGUGGACAAUGUCAACACAAAUCAGCCCCUCAAUACCAAAAUAGGGCCUGUUCUUGUGGACAACAAAGACUUUGUUAAAAAAGCUAAAGUCUGGAUCAAUCCAGUACCACUUGGUAAAUCAACAUUGGGUGCUACCCAGAUGCGCAGUGACUUACCAGAUGAUUCCUGUUGCAGUGAUAUUGGAGCUAAUGCCAGGAAACUGGAGAAAAAGAAUGUGGAAAGUAUUUAUUCCAAUAAAGCACCCAUUGUAUUCAAAGAAUCUAAUGACCCAAUUACUCGAACUGAAACUGCUGAAAUUUUAUCACCACCUGUCUCUGAUCACACCCAGAAAAAGGAAGAGCACAAUUAUUCUUUGUUCAUUUCUGAUAGUUUGAAUGAACAGUCUCCGAGUAUUCUUCAAGAAGCAGAAGAUGACGAUGAUGAUGAUGAUGAGGACCAUGAUGAAGGAUUUGGUAGUGAGCAUGAAUACAGUGAUAAUGAGGAAGAUGAUGACGAUGAUGAGGAGGAGGAGGAGGAGGAGGAAGACAAGGAUGAUGAUGUCAGUGACACCUUCUCUGAACCGGGAUUUGAAAAUGACACCGUAGAUGACAUAAAGGAUGCAGUAACAGGUACCUCCAGAAAAAGGAGCAAACGAAGAUACUUCUGGGAGUACAGUGAGCAGCUGAUGCCACCACCCAAGCAAGAUCGAAUGUUGAAGCCUUCUGAAUGGGAUAGGGAUACUUUGCCUAGUAAUAUGUAUCAGAAAAAUGGUUUACACCAUGGACUGAAAACACUGCUCCUACAAUUUGACCGUCCCUAUAUCUAAUACGUUGGUAGGUUUGAAUCACUUGUGGCUUCAGCUUUUAGACUGGAACUGUGAUAGCUUCUCCUGAAGCUGUUAUAUAUGUGUUUAAAUGUACUCUGUUUUAAGAAACCUCUUCAGGGUUUUAUCUCAUUUCUGGUCUAGAACUAAUGCUAACUCUUCACUCAAAGGUAACUAUAUAUAGUUCACUAUAUAUCCUUCCUUUCUAGGAGCACUCAUCUUCAUGGCCAUCCUGUUCCAAGGGCUUCAUAGGACUGCCCCAUUUUAAAAUAAAAACUGAAAUCAAAAGUCUCCCUCUCUAAGCUAUGGGUGUUUCCCUUAAGCUUUAAAGCAAAAGUUUAAGAAGUCUGUUACAAACCUCGAGGCCCUGUGAUUUACCUUUGCUGGGUCACAAAACCAUCUGAAAUAAACAAAAAUGUGUUAGGGGUGUAGAGAACCCAUUCAUUCUAGAGGCAGGCUUUAAAAACCGUCUUAAAAGAAAUUACCAUUGGUUCACACAUACUUGAAGUUAAUAAUUAACUUCAUACGCCUGUAAACCCACGUGAUACUAAUUCAAAAGCCAGAAAUCCAAACUUGUAAUAAGUUGUAUUCUUUUUAAAAAUUAAAUCCCAGGGUUUCUAUCACAGUGCAAAAUUAUUAUCUUGCUCUUGUGUCUGAGCAGCAAAGUUUAGAAAUGCAUGAAUAGAAAAUUGAAAUGGCUAGAUUAACAAAAAGAGAUUAUUGCUGAAACAGCAUUGCAGUAGAUGAUAGAGAUUUGGGCCUGCACACUUGCAGCAUAAUAAGAAGGACUUGUAGAGCAAAGGUGAAAACAUUAAAAUGCACCCUCUGUUAAACUUGCAGUGUCUGAAUAAAGAACCUACGUAUAAAGCAUACAUGGGUCAAAACAGUAUAAUGAUAGAAGCUGGAGACGUGCAUUGUUGCUGUAGCCUUACUGCUCCGGGGUCACAACAUUAAAAUGCAUAUUUCCCAAUUACUGAGAUGGCCAAUUAAAUACCUCGACUAUAACGUUUUAUAAGUAAAAUCCAAGUUUCUUAACACAAUUAUAAGUUUUAUUUGAUAAUAAAAUUAACUCAAUGAAGAUGCAGUAAUUGGUUGCCAUUUACAGAUCCUAAUGUGGAAAUAUAAAUGUUUAUCUUUCUAAAUAACUCCGAGAGGAAUUUACAAGUACACAUGCUCUCAUACUCCACGUAAAGGAUUUAAAAUACUGAUUUCUGUCUUUGUAGAUGUUCACUUUAAAAUAAAGGGUGA